AUUUUUGCAUAUUAUAUUGUAUUAAUUUUUAUUCUAAUUAUUAUUAUUUUAGAUUUAAAAACAGCAAAUGUUAUAAAAUUACUUUUAAUACCUUAUUUGAUUCCGACCAAAACAUUAAUGAAAAAUAUUUUACCUAAUGGAAAAAAUAAAUGUUGGAAGCCUUCAUUAUUAGAAUCUUCUUCUGCAUUUGCUUAUUUUUGUAAUAAUCUGACUGGUCUUCAAGAAGAUAUUGAUAAGAGACAGUCAAAAUACAGUCAAUAUGGAGCUACAAUACAGCCUUAUAUAAUCUUUGUUGGAAAAGAUUUAAGCUCCAUUGAUUCUUCUUACAUCAGGGUAAAUAAAAAGUUAUGGUGUUUCGACUGUCCUUUAAAAGCUCUUGAAAUUUGUUUUAAGUCAUAUUUUGUAUUUAAUUGUGCUUACCCUGCGGAAUGUUAUGACUCUUGGCUUGUAAUUCAACAAUACUUAUUUAAAUUGUUCACAAAAUAUGAUAAAUCAACUUCUAUAGACUAUAACUACUUCUGUUACAUCUAA